AUGUAUACCUCCUAUGAAAUUGUCUGCCGCACCAACAUCCCCGCGUUCAAGCUCAAACACUCUGUCGUGCGCCGCCGCUAUUCAGAUUUCGAAUAUUUUCGAGACAUACUGGAGCGUGAGAGCGCGCGCGUAACGAUUCCUCCCCUACCAGGGAAAGUAUUCACCAAUCGAUUCAGUGAUGAUGUGAUUGAACAUCGGCGGGAAGGUCUACAACGGUUCUUGCAAAUAGUAGUAGGGCAUCCCUUGCUACAAACAGGGAGCAAGGUGCUUGCUAGUUUUGUUCAAGAUCCAAACUGGGACAGAAAUGCAUGGUAG